AUGUCCCUCGGACACAGUGGAUCACCGAUCAACGGAAAGAGCCAAAGAUGUCGGCUCGGUCAUGUGAUCAGCUGUGUCCAAUCACAGCUGAUCACUGAUGAUCUGCGUAGCCCCAGCAGUGCCACCUGUCAGUGUCAGCUGUCAGUGCUCAUCAGUGUCAGCUGUCAGCACUGAUGGACCUGCCAGUGCCCAUCAGUGCCACAUCAAUACCACAUAUCAGUGCCUACCAGUGCACAUCAAUGCCACAUAUCAGUGCCCACCUGAGCUGCCUUUCAGUGUCACCUAUCAGUGCCACUCAGUACCACCUAUCAAUGUCAGUCAGUGCUAUCAGUGCUGCCAAUCAGUGCCACCUAUCAGUGCA